CCUACCCAGAGUGCGUCCUCUUUUAUAAAUCGGGCUGCAUCUCCUCCUUCCUUCAAUCGCAGAGACGAUUUGAAUCCAUUUGGCAUCCGCCAACCUAUCGACAUCCCGACGCUUACAAACGCUUUUGGCAUCGCACCUCGAAAUAACUGGGCCUUGCUUGAAGAGUCCAGUUGCUUCCAUCACCAACGCCAGCCAGCACCGUCCGUGAUUGUCGGCGGUGUCCUUGGAUAUAGCUUGUCGUCGAAACAUCGUCCACCACGCCUUGACAUGUUUUCCAGGAGUCGAACAUCUUCACUUCCUUCCGACCACGCACCCACCAGGUGACCACCUAAAUUGUAGUCACUCUCCUCCCCCGCGUCACGACAUCUGCGCGGCACUGCAUUGAAAAGCCGUCGCCUCACAUAAAAGCGGAGGCAUUGCCUCGCCACAUCAUCUUUCUACAUACCCUCAUCCACAUCUUGUCGUUCGCGACCUCAUAACAUAAUACCCCUACCUCAAAUCCUUGACAAUAAUGUCAUACGCACGCGGAGCAACUCCCGCGAGGGAUUACCCCAGCUACGACGAACACUACACAAGCUCGUCGCCAACACCGUCGCCGCACCGCUACCACGACUUUCCCGAGUAUGCGUACGCACAGCAGCGGCCGGCAACGCGCGCCACGCACACGCGACACAAGAGCACCAGCUACCAGCAGACGAUGCCCGCUCGACCGCCGACCGCACACGGCUACUCAGGCGUGUCCGAGGGAGUGUCUCCGCGCUAUACCAGCGGUGGCGUCUACGCGACUGCGAAUGUGAGUGACUCGCGGUCAUCGCGGAAAUAUUCUUGGUCAACGCCGCGCCCGAGCACCCACCACGAGCGCCGCAGCUCGCAAUCGUAUUACCGCCACUCGGAUCGAUUUGGGGAGUCGGACGAGGACGAGUUUUUCGAGGUCAACGGUGUCUCCUAUGUGCUGCCCGCGCAGUCGAGGUCGGGACGGGACGGCAGGGGCGGCAGGGUCUAUUACAGUCGCGCUGGGCAUGGUACUGAUUACCACUACUACGAGCAGGUGAACGCUGGCAUGCCUCCAAUGUCCCCUCCAAGGCAGUCGCCCGUGGAUGGUUUCCCCUCCCCUACCCCGCAGCCCGCCCGCCGGCCUAGCCAGUCUCGUCGGCCGUCUACCUCUAUUCCUCAGAGGUCGCAGACUGCGCGUCCCUCUAGCUCACACCACACCAAGAAGCCCUCCUCUCACCCUGAGCCCCGGCAGUCGGAUGUGCCCGUCGCCACCCUGGAGGAUGCCAAGGCCUACGGGAUUCCCGAGGGCUACUCUCUGACCCACUGGGAUCCUACCGAGCAUCCCAUCCUCCUGUUGGGCAGUGUCUUUGACGCCAACUCCCUGGGCAAGUGGAUCUACGACUGGACCGUCUACAAGCACGGCAAGGGCCACCCCAUCGCCCAGAUGGCUGGUGACCUCUGGCUUCUCCUCAUCCAGAUCUCUGGCAAGGUCAAGCGCGCCGACGAUGUCCUGCCUACUGUUCGCCAGAAGGAGAACAAGGAGAUGCUUGGUGACUUUAUCGUUUCUGGCGAGCGUCUUACCGACAAGCUCAGGAAGCUUCUCAAGCGCUGCGAGACUCCUAUGCUCCAGGCUUCCAAGCGUCGGGGCUCCAAGCUCGGUAACAACGCCGGAGUCGAGUUCGUCCUGACUCUGUUCGGACGGGAGCGGGAGCUUGAGGCGACCGAGAAGUUCAUGGCCUCUGUCCGCCUCUGGAACCUCCGGUUUGACGCCAACUGCGAGGACGUUCUUCUCAACCCUGGAAAAUAAACGCCUUCCCUUCCCUGGUGUUUCUGGACUGCCUUCCACACUCUCCCCUGGAUUCCCAAGGACACUUGGGAGAUCCCUUCAUUUCUGCUCGGACAUGCUUGCUGUCCGAGCCUACAACUACUACAACACUUGGCGUCGCCCACAAACAUACCCUAGGGCGCGCCCAAUCUGGAGAAGCUACACGUGUACGAUUUGGUCGAGCUAUUUCUGGAUUCCCCAGGCGCAUGAUACCCAUUUUCUCGGAUCUCAUUCUUGGACCACCGGGAGAGCUCCAGCUCUUGUUUUUCUAUCUUUCCUAUCACGACGACUCCGAAGUAGAUGUUGGAGCAAUCCGCGCAUCUCAAGGCGUCGCCUACGUCCCAUUGGCACAUCUGGAUGGUUUCUUUUCACCACUGUCACUGGACCUUAUAGAGAGAUACCAUACCGACUUCUCCUUCUGGGCCUGUUCUUUUUCUCUCGUGCCUGCUCUUGGUUGCUUUUGCACUCUUUUGUUUUUGUUUUUUGUUUUGUUUUUUGCAGCGCCCUCACGGUCGCUGCUGGUUUUCAAUCCACUCAGUACCAACAGAUCAGAAGCGAGGUGUAUUGCGCAGAUUCUCCAUAGAGGCGGUCGCGCGCGAUGUUUCCCUAGUCCACAAAAGCAUGUGUUUUGGUAUCGGCGGUGGGGAAAAAAAAGCUACCUGGGAUAUACUUUUGUUUGGAUCACAUGUACUCUAACUACUAAUGUUUUGAUUUUGCGCAGGGCGUUCUGUGUUUUGUUCUUUUCUUCCUUCUCUUCCUGUUUUUUUGUCUGUAAACGUCGCUACGUGGCGUUGGGUUUCUGGACAUUGAGGCUUCUUCACUGUUCGACUCCAUCGUCUUAGCGAGUCCGUUUCCAUUUCACUUCUGUCGUUGUCACUGGAUGAUGGAUAUACCCUUAUUUGCUCAUUCGAUAGAAGUACCUAAUCUUUCGCGAGACUAUUUUAUAAAAUUUGCCAUCUCGAACAC